AUGCCAAAGAAAAAGAAAAAUCUUGGUGUGAGCCCAUCAAGAAAGAGCAUAAACUCAGAAGCGACGCCUGCUGCAUCUGCCGACUUGGUACCGCCUUCAGUAGAUCUAACAAUGUUACAAACACCGCAUGGGAUUGAUAAAGAAGAACUCUUCAGCAGUCUUUCAGAAAUGUUUUCUGACUUGGAUCCUACUGUCAUUUACAUGGUGCUAUCUGAAUGUGAUUUCAGAGGUAAAUCAAAUUCUGUUAAUAUUGUCAGCAUUUGUGUUUAACACAGUGAUAAGGAGAGAGAGGUGAUAACAUGGGGUAUCAAGGACUGGAACCCUGAACAGCAGGAACACUCAAUAUUAGGACUUUUUGUCACAACAGCCACUUGUUAAUAAUCAGUGCACAAGUUCACAAACUACUUCCUAAUAGUUACCCCAAUUAGCUCAGGGCGUUGCUCUUUGGCUCUUCUUCCUACAGAUUUGCUUACCUCGUACUGGCACUAAUUAUGUUACACAGCCUGACAUCAGGCAUUGGAUCUUGGGGAAUCUAACAUAAUGGCUGGGUAAGCUAGUCAAUGGAGAGCAGAGCAUAACUGAAUGUUGGUAGCAGUUCCAUGCUACAGUUCCGAUGACAGCAAGGUCAGUGAUGGCUUUUCUGAGCCCUAGGGCCUUUGGCAGGUGCCUGACUAUAUUGAUCCGUGUUGUUGGCACUGCAACUGGGAACUUUCAGGUUGUCUGAAGAACACGGUAACCUUGAAAUAAAUCUUAAAUUCAAUGUCUAUUUGUACAAUGAUCUUUAUAUUUUCUGUAGUUUAGAAUGAGUUUCAUAUCGCUUCCAGUGACUGUGCUUUUUCUUCAUUUCAUAGUUGAAGACACUAUGGAUUAUCUGCUAGAAUUGUCUACAGCUGCUAAGGGAAUAACAUCUUCACCACAUGUCUCAGGUUUUGAUUCCAUAUCUGCAUCAUUGGUUGGUGAAAACCAACCAAGCUGUGUUACUAAUGAAAUAGAGGGCCAAAGUUCUGCUGCAAUAAAAAAUGUGAAAUCUAGUGAAGAAUCAGAAAAGUCUUCAUCAUCUGAAGAACUAGUUUUCUUGCAGUGCCAUCCUUUUGAGAAAUAUAAUCUAAAUAGUGAAAUGAAGGAUUCAAAAAAUGACCAUAUCUCAGGCAAUCUGUCUUUGGCUUUGGACCACGGUAGCUCUGAUCAAGUUAAAGAGUUAUCUGGGUGUGCAGAGCCCUGUUUGGGUUACAAUACUGUGCUUUCUUUGCAGAAAAAGGAAACAGACAGUGAAAAAUUAGAAACCUCCACUCCUUUAAAUCCAGAUUGUGACAAACCCUCCGAAGUAGUUUGUGGAAAAUCAGGCAUUCAGACAAAUGAUGUGGAUAUUUUUGCACAAAUCCCAGAGAACUGUAAUUUACCUGAAGUUGUACUUGACAGUGGUGCAGUUCCAGAAGUUGUUUUGGACCUUACAACCCUAAAUGACGUGUCUGCUCAACACUGCCAGGGGAUUGCAGAAUUUCAAAAUAGUGUGUCUGACAAUUCUAGUUCUUGUUCACACAAGACUGAAAAACAGGGAAACACAGUGACUGUGUGUAAUAAUUAUUAUAAUACUUCUGUUCCUGACCUAUGUGCAGAAUCCACUUUCAAACUGACACCUUUUACAAAUGUUGACCAGUCUCAGCAGAUGUGGAAUUCACAAUUUUCUGUGCUUCAGAAACAGUCUCAGGAGUGUACCUGGAACCUAAUGGCUCCUGUCUUUUAUCCUCAAAAUGCAAGCCAUAGCUUUGUAACUCCAGUUGCUGUCAGCCCUGGGAAGUGGAGGCCUGCUUCAAACUCUAGGAGUCUUGGGAAAAUAUAUUCUUCUCAAACAACUUCACAGUCUUGGGACAGCAAAUCCUCUCUGCCGAAAAUGGACGUUUCUCAAGUACACCAGCUUCCUGUUUGUCACAUGAUGAGAAGAAAGAUUCCUCUCGCAGGUCAUGUGCUUGUUCUUCUUAGAGGGGUUCCUGGAUCAGGCAAAUCACAUUUGGCAAGGUAGAGUAUUCAUAGAUUUUUCUUUAAAAAUGCAUCAUUUCUCACACUCAUGUAUGUGCAUUAACUGUGACUUUGCAUUAUGUGUAUACACAGACACAAACCAGAUCCCCUCUUUUCCAUAAUUUUCAAACCCUCACUAUCUUUUUAUCUAUGGGGGAGGCCACUGUUUUGUGUCAGUUAAAUAUUAAUCCAUUGUCAACUUUAGGAAGUGAGAGAGGAUUGCUCUGGAUAGGAGAGUGUGAAGGAGCAUACAUUUCCAAAGCUGAUUUCCUGGUUUGCAUGGUUUUUAUAUAGCGACUACACUCCUGAUCAUGUGCUUUAACACCGAAAGUUGCUGUCAUCAUUGUGUUGCAUUGUGACAGCCCGAGAAUGGUGCUGUGUACUCUUGGCUUUUUUUUAUAUAUUAGGAGGACAGAAAUAAUGUUUGAAACUUUCCCCAAGAUUUAAAGUAAAGGUAAAGGGACACCUGACCGUUGGGUCCAGUCAUGGCCGACUCUGGGGUUGCGACCCUCAUCUCGCUUUAUUGGCUGAGGGAGCCGGCGUACAGCUUCCGGGUCGUGUGGCCAGCAUCACUAAGCCGCUUCUGGCGAACCAGAGCAGUGCACGGAAACGCUGUUUACCUUCCCGCCGGAGCAGUACCUAUUUAUCUACUUGCACUUUUGACGUGCUUUUGAACUGCUAGGUUGGCAGGAGCAGGGACCGAGCAACGGGAGCUCACCCCGUCACGGGGAUUCGAACUGCCAACCUUCUGGUCGGCAAGCCCUAGGCUCUGUGGUUUAACCCACAGCGCCACCCAUGUCCCCAAGAUUUAGCUACUUUUUAAAGUUAAAACGUGUGCCACAUAGAUAGCACAAGCCCUGAUUUAGAAUGGCUUAUCCAUAUUACUACACAAUGCCCCUCUCUCCCAGCUGAGGCUCAAAAUUGUGUGUGCACAAUUAAAGAGAAAUUGAGAGUGGGGAAGGGAGGGUAGAUGAUUGAUUCAGCAUUUUUUGUUUUUUUGCAGGGCUUUGCUUGAGGAUAACCCUGGUGGUGUCAUUCUUAGUACGGAUGAUUAUUUUUACCAAAAAAAUGGACAGUACCAAUUUAAUGCUGAUUGCUUAGCAGACGCACAUGAGUGGAACCGGAAACGUGGUAUGUGCUAGAUGAAGUUGAACAAUUGUUGAUUAAGAAUAUUGGAAUCUAUAAAUAGAGAAGACUUAAUGAAGUUCUUGUGCCAGGAUUGGUGCUUGCCUAUAAGCACAUAUUAAACAACAACUAACUGGGUUGGAUAGGCCAGAGGGCCAGAUCCUGAGCUCUCCCUCAUAACACAGGCUGUUUUGACAGGUCGACAAGACAGCCUACUUGUCAGUCACCUGAUGUCACCAUGAUUACAAACUUUGGUCAUACUUCUGGCCAUAUUGCUAGCAUUGUAUAUUGAAUAGUUGAACGUAGGUUCAUAUAUUUUAGUGCAUAUGACAACUUUGAGUAUUUGAGUGUUUCUGCAGUGGUUUCUCAUGGUUAUGCAGUGCUUUCUAUAAUUUUCUUUUAACUGAGUUAACAUAAAAAUGCUGGUUUUAUUAAUACAUUAAAAAAAAUAAUUACUGGUAUGUUUUUCAGCCAAAGAAGCAUUUGAAAAAAGCAUCACUCCAAUAAUCAUAGACAACACAAACACACAGGCUUGGGAAAUGAAACCUUAUGUUGCAUUGGUUAGUAUUCCAUAAGUUAUUAUUGUUGAACCAAAAGCCCAUUAACAUUUUCUCUGCAUGUUUGUAGACAGCAUGGAGGUAUUUGAGCUCAUGCUCUCUAUAGGCUGUUGAAAUGAUGGGGGGGGGGGAGGAGAUUGAGUUGGCCUAAUGCUUUCACACUCAAUGCAGUGAGGAUGGAGAAGCAGAACAUGAGCUCAAAACAUACUUUCAGUCUGCCUGGGUACAAUUGCAAGAGCAAGCAUCAUUUAAUGGAGCCCAGAUAUUAGUCAUUUGGAAAAGCUGCAUGUUUACUCAGAAGCAAGUCCCACUGAGUUUAAUAGGGCUUACUCCCAAGUAAGUGUGUUUAGGAUUACAGUGGUACCUCAGGUUAAGUACUUAAUUCGUUCCGGAGGGCCGUACUUAACCUGAAACUGUUCUUAACCUGAAGCACCACUUUAGCUAAGGGGGCCUCCUGCUGCUGCUGCGCCGCCGGAGCACAAUUUCUGUUCUCAUCCUGAAGCAAAGUGCUUAACCUGAAGCACUAUUUCUGGGUUAACAGAGUCCGUAACCUGAAGCGUAUGUAACCUGAAGCGUAUGUAACCCGAGGUACCACUGUACAACUAUAAAAUCUAUAGUCUUAGAUCUCUUAUCUAAGCACGAGACAUUUAUUAUGAGUGCUUACGUUGUACAGUUUUGAUGAAGAUCUUGUUCUUUGUGACCAGCAAUGAUGGUGGGUGAGAUGUGUUCUGAACUAUGACUUGGUUCAUUUUUAACUGUAUUCUUAACCUGCUGAGGGAUGUAUCUCAAGCGUUUUUACACUUUUAUUCAGUCCCAGGAACACAAAUAUAAGGUUAUAUUUCGUGAACCGGAUACCUGGUGGAAGUUUAAACCAAAAGAACUGGAAAGGUAAAAAAAAACCCCUCACGAUUCUGUUAUAGCAUAUUUGAAAAGAAAUAAUAAUAUCUUCAGAUAAAUGAGCUAGUAGGCGUGAGACCAGCUUUUAUUGAACCCCAAAAUGCAAAUGCAAAUUAUAGGGAUUGCUGCAAUACUAUGAAUUGUUCUCUCUUUUCUUCCAAGAGAACCUGUGUGAUUACUUGGACUAAUUCGUUUGCGAAUUGUACCUCUAGUUCAUGUAAAGCUUCAGUUGCUUCAAAAAUAUUCUGUGGCUGUCAGCUACAGAGAUUCUUUUAAAGAGCCUCAAGAAUAGAUACUAUUAUUCAAGCCCAUUAUCUUCAUUGGUUAAGGAUAGGGAGGUGGGAUGUUGUGACAACAUGAUCUUCCAUAUAUAAGUGGCGAGCAAAGUAGUACCUAAUAACUGUAUUUUGUUUCUCCUUUUUCCUUUAUAAUUUUUAGAUUUUGAUUAUUGUUUCUUUCUCUGGUCCAUUGCUAAUAAAAGUUGAAGUCGGCAUGGGCAAAAAAAUACCCAAGAAAAUCUACUCUUUCUGGCCAUUAAUUAUUUCCAAAGCUAUAAGAAAAGUGGUUUAAAAUGUCAUGAUUUGUAGCAGUGGGUUUUUCCACAUUUAGCAAGCUGUUGCUAAAUAGUCAAGUAGAAAUUGAAAGUAAAGGGUGCCAAGAUCUAUUUUACCCAGUUUGGAACUCUACCUGUUUACUACUUUUUAUUUAUUUAUUACUUAGGCAACGUGAUAUGGCAGUGUAGGUUUUCAUGUUGCACAAACCUUUAUUUGCUUGUUUAUGCACCAUCAGCUGUUGGGAGAAUUCUCAGUACCUGCUCCUUAAAUUGUAACACCACGGAAAACAGCUUCAGUUAAAUGUUUAAUAGUUGCCUCAAAUGUUUUCAACAAAAGUUGGAAUAUGCCUUUUACUGUGAGAUUCAUUCUCAGAUAUUCUGUUCUUUUUAAUGUUUAGGCGAAAUAUUCAUGGCGUAUCAAAAGAGACGAUCAAAAGAAUGUUGGAACGAUAUGAACGUUGCCUGACUGUUAAUUCAAUUUUGAAUUCUUCAAUCCCAGAUGAAUUGAAAAGUGCCACCUGUGAUGAAGUUCUUCACCACAAAAAGGGAGAAGGGUAAAAUUAAAGUAUCAAAAUUAAAAUUAAAGUAUCAAAAGUAUUGAAAUACAAAACUUCAAGCCAGUUUACUUGGUUAGUUAAUGAUGCUGGUAAUGCCAAGGUCGCAGGUUCAAUCCCCAUGUGGGGCAGCUGCAUCUCCCUGCAUUGCAGGGGGUUGGACUAGAUGAUCCUCAGGGUCCCUUCCAACUCUAUGAUUCUAUCUAUAUCUGUAAAGUGUGAAAGCAAAUGUCUGUGAGUCUAACUAAGACCUUAUAUCACAGAAUGUGCUGAAUGAUUACACUUUCAGUUUCAGAAGUAGCAUGGUUUUAUAUAUCUCCAUAAUCUAACAACCUCCACUUUCUUUGACUCCUUCCCUUCAACAUCCAGUUAUCAUUUUAAUAAUAAUCCCAGUUACAUCCAAGAGAAGGGAUUGACUCAAUAGCAGUCCUUUUUUUUCCAUCUUGGCCCUUCUAUCUUUCUAGGAAUAUGUAUAUAAAUAUUUCAAUAUAUAUUAGAAGAUGUUAUGGCUUAAGUGCUUUAGCAGAGGUAAAGAUGAUUAAGGUGUGCAUUUUUUCCUUUAAAGGUCCAUUUUAAAAAUCCAUUGUUUGAUUUACAGGAAGGAAGAUAUGCCUCAUUUUGGGAAAAACAAAGAACAUUUUCCUUCACCUUUAAAAUGCAUAGAAUUAAGUAUGGAAGAUAAGCAUCAGUCACAGAAAGUUACAGUGGAAAAUCAGACUCUCCUGAAUAAAAAGAGAGAACUGGAGCAUUGGGUUCAAGACUGUACUUCUAAAUGUAAUGUCUCUCUGGAAGACAUAGAUCUCAAUGCAUCAUCAAGGACAGACAAAAUUGAUUCUACUCUUGAAAAGAUGGACUUGGUAAAGUCUGAGGAAAGUGAAUUCUCAAAUUUCAGUGAAAAUAUUCAGAAGUACAAUAACAAGGACAUAAUAGCUGAAGUUGAAGCAAAUCAAUGUGCUGAAGUACUAACAGAAGCAGAGUUAAGACUGACAAAAAACAUGAAUAAGGCAGAUUCAGGCUGCGAUAAACCAGUAGGGCCAGAAACAGUAAAUUUUGUGGGAGACUGGCCAAUAGAACAAACUAUGGGGCAGAGAGUGAAAAGAGCUAGAAGGUUAGAAAAACUGACUAUAAAGAAUGGCAAAGAGGAUAAAGGUCUAAGCAUACCCAAUUUUGAUGCAUUAGCAAUUCUAGAUGAAGAUGAAAAGGUAAAUCCGGUUAAUAUUCAUGAAGAGCUGCCACUUUCUCAGAGUAAACAGGAAGAUAUUAAACAGCCCUCUGCCUGUAUGUCUGUUGUUGAUACGGAAGAAGAUCCAUCGCGACUGCUGAUUGUAGGAGACUGGCCUGUCCAAAACUCUUUAGAGCAAAGACAGCACAAAAUGAAAAGAAUACUCAAGAGAAACACUGGUGAAUCAGAAGAGAUUAUAAGUAGUCAAUGCAAUAUUAACGAAAGUACUCUGAACACAGUAACGGUACUUCCUACAACAUCUGCAGGUGCUGGAGAGCUACUUGUCUCAUCAAAGAAGGAAAGUCUUUUGGCACCUGAAAUCUCUGGUUCUGAAACUCUUAGUGAGAAAAAGUCUGUGCAGAACAAAAGGGCACGCAAGCAUCAUAAAUUAGCUCUAACAUUUACCAACAAUUUGGCCCUCAGUAAACCAGAGGAAGAAUUGUGUCUGUCUAAUUUGCUGGAAGAGAAACCCAAUGAAUGCAUCAUGGCAGAGGCCAAUAAGUAUUCGCAGACGGAGCCCCAGGAUUUUGCUCUCCUGUGGAGGCUUGAAAGGAAAAUUAUUGUUUCGGAAGAUACCAAAGUAUUAAAUGGCAGACUGGAUGGAUUCAUACCAAAAGGCAUUCAUACUGCUUCAGAAAAAAUACCCUAUAAAGUAACUUAUGAGAAAAGCACAUAUGUGGAAGAAAGUGAACUUGUCAACAUUGAUGUAUCUGAGAAUCUGAAUAUUUUGUGUAAACUCUUUGAGUCCGUUUCAUUUGAUGCACUGAAGGACUUGUAUGAAAGAUGUAACAGGGACAUUGAUUGGGCUACAGGGAUCUUGUUAGAUUCUGCUGAGAAGUUAUGCAGAGAUGAUGAGGUUGGACCCUUGCAGGAAGCACAGAUUCAGCCUUCUGGCAAGUCUCUUGACUCUAAUGAAAAUGCUGGUUAUAGAGAACGACUUGCAGAUUCUGAGGAAACCACUCAAGGAACUGUGUCUUCUAGAAUUAGUCAGGAUUCAGAAAUAACAAAUCUCUCUGUUGAUGAUGGAGGUGAUGAAGCUUCCACCGUUAAAGAUGAACACAACUUUUCAACUGCUUCCACAGCAGAAAACAAACAUUUAAUGCUGUCUGCUCCAAGAACUCAUGUCGAAGAAUCAGGAAAUGAGAAACCACUUUUAGAUACCACACAUACAAAAGAGAUGAACUCCGUUAUGAUAUCAGAAAAUGAGCAGCCGAACAAGGUGUUGCAUACUGAAGUGGACUUAAGUGUUCCUGUGACUAUAGCUGAUGAUUUUAAUGGAGGCCCUAACACUUUGAAACCCACUUUUGAUGUGGAAAUAGAAAACACAUCUUCAGAGAAACAUUCAGAGUGUUCAAUUAUAGAAGAGCUCCCAUCUCAUCUAAUACUUACAGAGGGCUCUGCAAGCAAGGACAGCAAAUUUGAGGUGGAUAAAAAAAUGAAUUGUAAACCAAUGUUUCUAAUUGCAGCAAAAAAUGAAGAAAACAAAAUACCCAAUCAAGAUAAAAGCAAGUUAGUGAACCCCACACCUGUAUCAAAAUCUGUGAAUAUAAAUUCCCUAGAAUUGGUCUUACCUCCUGAACUAGCCAUUCAAUUAAGUGAAAUAUUUGGACCUGUUGGUGUUGAUUCAGGUAAUAAAACCAUGAUUUUUAAAAAAAUGCUAGGAGUUAAAAAACCCAAAAGUAUUGGUUAUUUGAAGCUACAGCCGUUGAUAGAUAUUAGAAAAAAGACUCACCUGUAUCUUGGUGGUGGUCAGACUCGGUAGUGGUCAGCAGUUUUUACUCAUUUUGCAAAAUCUUCCAAGUCAUUGCUCUGUUUUCCACCAUAUGAGUGAAUGGCAGCCAUUCACUUACAUAAAGUUAAUUAAAAGUCUACAUUUGGGAAUGCCAAUAGGGUAGAGAUUUAAGGUGCCCCUGUUAAGUCCAGUUUCUAGACAAGCGAUAGAUUGUAGCUCAGUGUAGAGCAUUGAGCUCUGCCUUGAAUCCAGAAGGUCCUAGGUAGGCCUAGGAAAGACCCUGGGUUGAGAGAGAAUCCUGGGAAGUCAGUCAUUGUAGACAAUAUACCAGCUUUCAUUAGUCCCAAACAGCAUGACCAGUUGUCAGAAAUAAUGGGAAGGUGUAGUAUGGCAACGCCUGGGGGGCCACACGGUCCCUAUCACUGGUCCAAAGUCUGUCUGUCUGAUUAGCUUCAUCAUCUCCAUAUUCUCACUUUGGGUCCUCCUCCUUAGUGAAAUUUGGACCUGGUCAAACUGAUUUUGUUGUUGUUUAAAAAUACUCCUUUGAGUUAAUUUAUUUCCUAUUCCACAUUAGAAUUGUGGUUUAUAAAUUAAGCUGUGUUUCAAAGUGGUGUUAUAUUGCUCUGUUUUGAGACAGAUUCUCUGAAUUAUUUCAGGAACUGAUGCUUUAUCCUACAAAAAAGCCAAGAUAUUUGAUUAAGAAUAAGCUUGGCUGAACUACAUUUAAUUUGUACAGUAUUUUAACCUCUAGCUUUUUUAUUCAAUAAGGAUCUCUAACUACUGAAGAUUAUGUGGUUCAUAUCGAUCUGAAUUUAGCCAGAGAAAUUCAUGAAAAAUGGAAAGCAUCUAUUACAGUAAGUCAGUUUCUUUCUAAAGACAAGUCUGUGGCAUCUUAUGCUUGCAUUAAAAAGCACUGGUAUUUAUUUAUUAGCUGACCCCUGUUAAAAUAUUUCUCAGAAUUUAUAGUGCAUGUAAAUAAGUGGCAUGAUUAUACUUAGGUCACAUAUACUCCAAAUAAAAGUUCUUAAACAUACAAUCAAAAUUUUGAACCAACUAACUUUUUAACUUUUUAAAGACGGAACAUGUCAAAGGUCUGAUUCAUGUGCUUUUCAUGCAGCCGCAAGAUAACACAGGCAGAAAAACUCAGUUUAAAAACAUGGUAAAAUGUUUAUAAACAAAUGGUCUGGGCUUGAAGUGAUAAGCAUACAACCUGAACCUGUUGUAAACUGAGUACAGUUGUCCAAACAAAUUUUAUUAAUCCUUUUUUAAAAAAAACUAAUUGGAGAUUCAUUAAAACUUAAUAAUAUGAUUAAUUGAAUUUAAAAUGUUUUAAUUUAGAAGCGACAGAGGAGAGAAGAGGAGUUGCAUAAGCUUCUUGAAGAAGGUAAGCUUAUGUUGUUCUAAUUAAUCACUCUGGGCCUUCCAUUAUUUAGACUGGGUGCCCUUUUAGAUGUGCAUCCAGAUUCUGAUCACCACAUAGUAACAAAUACAGCAGGAAUGGCAAAGUUAUUCAGUCUUCAAAGUUAUUCUAUGUAAAAUAAAUAUAGCAGCACAUUUGUUGUCAUAUGGGUAAUCCCAUCUUAUCAUACAGCCACCUUAGGAGGUAGGGUUUCAGGACCUAGCAGAGUGUUGUUUUUGACUUUGCACAUCUCUAGCUUGGACAAUAUUAUUCUUACUCUCCCCCGCCCCUCUGUCUAUCUCAUCUACAUUCAGAUUAAGGUUUAUUUAUUUCUUGUCCUUUUAUAUGUGCAGCAAAUUUUAUUUGAAAUAGGGAUGCACAAUUAUCUAUGUAUAUAUUUAGUUGUUGCUUUUUUUUAAAAGCACUACCUAUUUGUGAAAAGAAAGAGCAUGUACAGUGGUACCUUGGGUUAUGUACUUAAUUCGUUCUGGAGGUCCAUACUUAACCUGAAACUGUUCUUAACCUGAAGCACCACUUUAGCUAAUGGGGCCUCCUGCUGCUGCUGCCGCCGGAGGACGAUUUCUGUUCUCAUCCUGAAGCAAAGUUCUUAACCUGAAGCACUAUUUCUGGGUUAGCGGAGUCUGUAACCUGAAGCGUAUGUAACCUGAAGCAUAUGUAACCCAAGGUACCACUGUAUGUAGUAAAAAUGCUGUAAAGAACAGCACGUGAACACAAAGGGACUGAGCAAAUCACGAAGCUUUGCAACUGAGAGGCCAGAGGUGUGGAAUUACCUAUGUGUGAUCUACUUCUCAGACCCUCAGAACCACAAUCUGUGCUUCAAGCCACUGCUUUUGAAAUUAAGUUCCCCAAAAGGAGGAGGAGCCAGCAGAGGAGUGUGAAAUCAGCCAUGUUUUUUUCAGGUGCACAGGCACAACAUGGAGUAAGGCAGGGAGUAAAUACUAAUGUGCCAUCAAUAUACAUGUGUCGCAGUUAGAAAAACACAGUAAAAUAAAAUAGUUUUUAACAGUCUGUUUUUAUUUAUGCCUUAAUACAAGUGACACCUUUCAAAAUGCAUAAAAAAAUACAUGUAUUUGGAUUAUCUGUAUUUGAAACUGUUCCUUUAAAACAAUUCAUCACCUUCCGGCUUUGUUGCUUCUGUAGAUCCCAUGCUGUUUGAGCAAUUCUGUCUAGAUGAGCUGGACAGCCUUCUUUCUCCGCACACAAACUGUCAAGUACAGAAGACCGAAAGACUGCCUACAGAUACGCUACCUGAAAACUCAGCUGCUUCAGAGUUUUUUCCUUUCAUGGAUCACUGGAAUGUCCAGACGCAGAAAGUAUCACUCCGGGAGAUAAUGUCCGAAGAAAUCGCCUUACAAGAAAAAGAGGACCUGGUAUGAUUAAUAAUAAUAAUAAUAAUAAUUUUUCAUUUAUACUCCGCCCUCCCCAGCCAAGGCCGGGCUCAGGGUGGCUAACAAGCAAUAAUAAAACAAGUUGAAUGAAUAUAACUUAAAAACAAGAUUAAAAUAUAAUAUUAAAAAUAUUGAAACAUUAAAAUAUUAAAAUGCAGCCUCAUCACAGGAGGAGAAAGGAAAAAGAAAGAGGGGGAGGGAAUCAAAUUGGCUCCAAGCCAAAGGCCAGGUGGAACAACUCUGUCUUAUAGGCCCUGCGGAAAGAAAUUAGAUCCUGCAGGGCCCUGGUCUCAUGAGGCAGAGCGUUCCACCAGGCCGGAGCCAGUGUUGAAAAGGCCCUGGCUCUGGUUGAGGCUAAUCUAACUUCGUUAGGGCCCGGGACCUCUAGGGUGUUGCUAUUUACGGACCUUGAGGCUCUCUGUGAGGCAUACCGGGAGAGGCGGUCCCGCAGGUACGACGGGCCUAGGCCGUGAAGGGCUUUAAAGGUCAAAACCUUUUACACAUACAUUGCCCCUUAGCACUAUGCAUUUCCUAUAUUUCACCCUCAUUGUGAGCUGAAGCAUGCAGCAGGGCAUAAGAUCAGCCACUAGGCUCCCAGCGUAAUGGACCUCUCAUUCUCUUGUUCUAGUUCUCAUACUUGGCCCACUCACCACUUCCUUAUGCUAUAACAGUAACCGCUUUGCAAACACUCACAAAGUUUCACUUGCAAUGCAGCUGCACUGCCUAGAAAGUUGGUUAUUAGUUUAGGUCAGGGAGCGGGUGGCAAGUGACUGUUUUCUAGCACAUAAAAUCUGUAAGGGUGGCACUGCCAUCUUGCUCCAGGAUAACUUUCCACCAGUGAUGUUGAUGUAUUAAGCUGAUAGGGGAGGAUUAAACAGAAAGUGGUGCUGUACAACAACUAUGUGGUUCUGUUGUGCUUGUGAAGCUAAAACAGAGAGUAGGAUGGGGCUGAAAUGCGAUUUAGCCAAAGUCUAGAGCCAGAAACCUGCCUUUAAUUCCAGUUUCUUGGUAUAGUUGACUCUCAAAAUGAGAUGGGCAUAAAUGAAGUAAUUGGCACCGAUGGGGGCUUGUUUUCUGAGGUGAAUAACAUGUGGGAGAAAUUUCUAUUAGAAUUUCUCAGAAGGGAAGAGUUAAAUCUUUCCUUACUGCACCCUGGUCAUGAUGAAAAAUACCCCCUCCCCCCACAUAGGCAACUGUAUAGAAAUAAUGGAUAUAGUUGUAAUGACACAUUUAGCACCAUGUGCAAGGUUUUGCUUCUAAUGCGUUUUCCCCUGUUUUGUGUACUCCUGAAGACCAAAAGUGUGGCAUAGUGGUAAUUUGACUGUUAAUAUGUACAUUGGUGCCAAGAUGUAAAUUAGAAACGGAGAUUUUUAGUGGUAUCCCCCAUGAAUCAUCUUGAUUUACCCUAAUUUAUUAACCAGCUUAUAGCCACCGUAUUGUGCUACUUUAUCUCCCAAACCAAACAGUCUCUUCAAUACAGUUUUGCAAGCAGCCUUUUAUGAUUUAAAUUUCAGGUGGCUGAAGCUAGAAAAUGUCUCCCUAUAAAUAGUAUUGCCAGCCCUAAAUAAUCUGGAACCAAUAACAAAGGGUGGUAUCCAAUGUUGUGAGAGAAGAAGUAGCACAAUUACUAUACUUCUUCCUCUGCAUUGCCCCCCAACCUGCCCUGUGAUUUGCUCUGGAGGUUGCCUCUACCCAGGGGAGCAGAUUUGGGAACACACAGGAGAGAGGAGGAAAAAAUUGGUUGUCACCCACCCCAAAAUGUGGAAAACUCUGUAAUUUUGAAAUCUUUUUUCUUUAUUAGAUCCAUUUUUCUACAAAGACUUUUAUAAUAAUAUAAUUAUAAUGUAAACUUGUUUUCUGGAUUAGAAACGCUCUCCUUUCAUGGCUAGAAAAGACUGCGCUGCCAAACUGAAAGAGAAGCAACUCCUGGAGUUAUUCCCAGCUAUUAACCCAAACGUCUUAAUGGAAAUCUUCAAGGACCACAAGUGAGCUCUUGCUUGUUCAUAUGAUGCUGCUAAAUUCAAAGAACUAAAUGGCUUGGAUCUGAAUACCUUUUGAAUUGCUUUAUACUGCACAAGUCUGUUCAAGACUACCCUUGAAGGCUUUUCUCCAGAUCUUCCUGUCGCCUGAGAUAAGGCCAGUAGUGACCAGAGACAGAACCUUCUUUGUUGUGAUGUUCUGGCUCUGGAAUUCUUUCCCCGGGAGACUUGCCUGGUGCUAGAAUUUGAAUUGAGAAAUUAAAGAUCAGGUUUUAGAAUGCAAGCUUCUCUCUCUUUCUUGUGUGUGCGCGUGUGUGUCUUGCUUUUUCCUUUCUUGUUAAUUAACAAAGUUCUGCUGUUCUGUGAUAUGUCUUGAAUCAUUCACUGGCUGCUGCUUCUUUUUUUUUUAUCUCAGUUAUUCCUUGGAGCAAACCGUCCAGUUUUUGAACAGCGUUCUAGAGUCAGAUCCAGUAAAGACAGUUGUAGCCAGAGAGACUGCCCAGGGUGCCAUACUCUCUUCUUGCAGUGCUUUAAAGACACGAGAGAGAAAGGUAAUGACCAUCUUGCACAUUUGUUGCAAAUACGUUUAAAUAAGAUGCUGUUAUAGUGAAAUAUGGGUCCUCAGCAUUUUUAACAUUUUAGGGAAAGGACUUCAUAAAUAGUAAAUAAAAGUCAGCGUCAGUAGGAGUAUAUAUGAUUGCUUCUUGUUUUGAACUGAGCAGAUAGAAAAUGUCUUUGGUUGGAGGUGUCUUACUUUAAUAAGCCUUGGACCAUGUCCUAAGUGUAACACCUAUGAAUUAUAGGCCAGAAGGUGCAAGGAACCAGAAGACAUUCUUGGUGCAAAGGCGUUUCAAGACUUUGAAUAUCCAGGAUAUGAUGAUUUCAGGGCCGAAGCUUUUCUUCACCAACAGCACAAGCAAGAGUGCCUGAGAAAAGCCGGGGAGGCGUAUCGCAUGGGAAUGAAGUCUGUAGCAGCAUUUUAUGUUCAAAGGGUAAAUUUGUCUUAAUCAAUCAAUUCUGCAAUUUUUGCCUUUUUUACUGGAAAUGUUGGCCAUUCGUAAUCAUGUAAGUUUUUGGUGUUUGCACUGAUAACCGCCACAUAAGCAAGUGUCAAUGCUCUUUUUGAAUCUCCAAUAGCAGAACUAGUGGACUGUGUGCUGAAAUAUUCCCCCCCCCCCCAUAAGGUCAGAAACAUUUAUUUUGAAAUAAAUUGGAAAUAUGUGGACAUGGCAUUUUAAUUCAGAAACAAGCAACUCAUGGCUUUCAAAGUGCUGUUGGAUUAGAAUAUAAGACGACAAUGGAAGAGCUUAUUCACUAACAAUGGCUGGAAUUCAAAGUGCUACAUUGCAUGCAAAUGAGUGUUUGGUCAUUGACAAUAGAAACUCUGACUUUUUGCUUAUUGAGUAACAGGCUCCUAUGCCAUAUCACAAAUUACUAUUGAAUGUCCCCUGCAUUUCAAAAUAGCCAUGGAGCGACUUGCAUAGUUUUUUGGACCCCAGCAUGUAUUGUGUACUUCUACAGGUGGGAUAGUGUUUUAAACCAUAAUUGCCAUACUGAAACCUUCAGGUGAUUCUCUUAGCGAAGGCACACUGAGUUGUUUUUUUACCAGUUGUAUAUAUGUACACAGUCAGGGAGCACAAAGUUGACUUCCUCUCUCUUUUUUCUUCCUACCUUUAUGAUCUCUGCUCAUUUCACACAGUCUCAUUGUGACUUACAUCUUCCUGAAACCCACCUGACAGGCCUUACUUGACCUACUUUGACAAGUUAAGUCUAAAUGCACAUGUCACUGUUCUGAGACAUUACAACUCCCUGCCUAUAGUGCUGUUUUGAAUCCUGAUAUCCAGUGCUGCACUUAGGUUGCUCCUCGUGAUGUUUACAGUAGAUGUGUGUUUGCAUCAAGGGUCGCCUUCAUGAGGAGAAGAUGAAAGAAGCCAACCGCGAUGCUGCCGUGCAAAUCUUUGAGAAAGUGAAUGCCUUGAAGCUUCCUGAAAACCUUUUGGACCUACAUGGUCUUCAUGUGGAUGAAGCUUUGGCUCACCUGGGUAGAGUAUUGCAGGAGAAAACAGAAGGUACAAGAACACUUCUUUGUUUACAGAGAUUACACUGGACAGUACAGUGGUACCUCGGUUUUCGAACAUCUCGGAAGUUGAAUGUUUUGGUUUUCGAACACCGAAAACCCAGAAAUAAAUGCUUCCAUUUUCGAAUGAGCCUCAGAAGUCAAACAGCUUCCGCUGAGUUUUUUCGAAUUGUCUCUAUUGAAUUUGCAGACCGCCCUUUGCGGCUUUGGUUUUCGAAUGUUUUGGAAGUUGAAUGGUCUUUUGGAACAGAUAACAUUCGAAAACCGAGGUACCACUGUAUUAAAACGGAUGGGUUACUUUCCAUGUCAGUGGAUGGGCUAGCCUUCAUGGACGGAACAUAUAAUUUGCAUAUAAUAAUAAUAAUAAUAAUAGUUAAUAUUAUUAUUUAUACAUACAUACAGUGGUACCUCGGGUUAAGAACUUAAUUCGUUCUGGAGGUCCAUUCUUAACCUGAAACUGUCCUUAACCUGAAGCACCACUUUAGCUAAUGGGGCCUUCUGCUGCUGCUGCGCCGUCGCUACACGAUUUCUGUUCUCAUCCUGAAGCAAAGUUCUUAACCCGAGGUACUAUUUCUGGGUUAGUGGAGUCUGUAACCUGAAGUGUCUGUAACCCGAGGUACCACUGUAUAGACAUACAUACCCUACCCAUCUGGCUGAGGUUCCGCAGUUACUCUGGGCGUUUCCCAACAGAAUAUUAAAAACACGAUAAAAUGUCAAACAUUAAAAAUUUCCCUAAACAGGGUUGCCUUCAGAUGUCUUCUAAAAGUCAGAUAGUUGUUUAUUUCCUUGACAUCUGAUGGGAGGGUGUUCCACUGGGCGGGCGCCACCACCGAGAAGGCCCUCGGCCUGGUUCCCACAUAGCACUACUAAGGUUAAAUUCCUGGCAUCUAGUUAAAAGGUUCUUGAGUAGCAGUACUGAUACAGAUACCAGCAAGCUGCUACCAGUCACAGUAGACAGUACUUGGCUAGACGGACCUGUAGUCUAAGGCUACUUUGUAUUUCAAAAUUUACCAUAUUGAAAGAUUUUAGAUAUAUUCUAAAAGAAAUUUUUUAAUCUGUUGAAUGUGGAAUUCAUAAAGAGAGAAUAUUGUGACCAUUCUUAUUCUUGUGUAACAGAAUGCAACCUGGCUGGUGGUAAGCCAUAUCUCUACGUGAUCACAGGAAAGGGAAACCAUAGCCAGGGAGGAGUUGCUCGCAUCAAACCAGCAGUUAUGAAAUACCUCACAAGCCACAAGUUCAGGUGAGCUGAACCUACCGUUACUGACAACUUGCGAUCUGCAUUUAACCAGUUAAAAACUGGUGGUUAUUUCACUAGAAAGCGUAGUAGACAUCCUGGGCUAAGCUCCUCAGCCAGCCUUAUUGCCAGGUCUGCAGAGUGCAGCAGGAAGCUUGUAUCUAGGAUCCUAGGUCAUUCCUAAUGACAGUCCUGGCUGCUAAUGAUGGUUUUCUUUUUAUUUGCCUAUGGUGGUAAACACGGAAUCAAGUGAGAAAGGAGAUUUGAGAUUGAGUUAUUUAAAUCUAGUGAAAGGGUAAUGGGUGAAGUCAAGAGUGGAAGGCUGGAGCUGGGAGAGAAUUCGGGAAUAAUAGAAAAUGAGUUGUUUUUGCUCCCUUAGCUCUCUGGUCUAGCCCAAAUACACCCCACCUUGUGCUCUGCCAUGUUUCUGUCUUUUCAACACCUCACCUGGUCAAUGCCAGUGGGAUUUUUUCUUCUGUGAACAGUGAACCUCUCUUCCACAUGCUGUGCCCCAAUCUGAUUUUUAAAUUCCCAUCAGUGGUUUGUUAUGUGACACAAUGGUGGAGGCUGCUUCUCAGUUAACAAGCUCCAAAGCAUCUUUGGGCACAGAGAGCAAGCUUAUUUGAGGCAAUACUUCUUUAUUAGGCUUAUUAUUUCUUAAGUUACUGUAUUCUUCACUCUAUAGGACGCACCUGACCAUAGGACGCACCUUGUUUUAGAGGGGAGAACAAGAAAAAAAAAUAUCUCUCCCUCUCUGCGCAGCACCGCUUCAGCGAAGCGGCAGGAGAAAUGGAGCCCCUUCCAUUUCUCCUCCCGCUUCGCUGAAGGGGCGCUGCGCAGAGAGGGAAAGCUGUGCAGCGCCUCUCCAGCGAAGCGAAGCCAGGAGAGCAAGAGGGAUCAGUGCACACCGACCCCUCUCGCUCUCCUGGCUUCAGCGAACCAACCCGAAGCCUCCGGCUUCAGGCGGCUAUCCCUGAAGCCUGGAGAGCGAGAGGGGUCAGUGCGCACUCCAGGCUUCAGUGAAAGCAAUGCGAAGCCUCCGGAGUCCGGAGGGAGCGCUCCCUCUGUGCUUCGGAGGAUUUGUUGCUGAAGCCAAGGAGCCAGCAUUCACUCCAUAAGACGCACACACAUUUCCCCUUAAUUUUUGGAGGGGGAAAAGUGCGCCUUAUAGAGCAAAAAAUACGGUAGUUUCUUUCAUCCGGCCAAAAGGAUGGUUUAAUUUCAAACUUGCCCUUCUAUAUGGUGAAAGUGUCAUGUAAUGCUGUGUAAUGUUAGAGCAUUGUAUGAGAGAUUAAAAAACCUUUCCACCCGCACAAGCCCUUACACAAACGAGCAUGAGAAAUGCUGUAUACCACUGUGUGGAUUCUUAUGCAAGCAUUUGUGGAACAGUGCUAAAGUCUGUUUUCCUACCCCUUGCAGUUUGAAUCAAACCUUAAAUGGUUGCUUACAAUAUUAUCCUGAUUCACAGGUUCACAGAAAUAAAGCCAGGCUGCUUGAAAGUCAUGCUGAAGUAA